AUGUUGCACUGCACAUGGCGAGCUGCGCUGCGGAUCGGGGGGCUGGCAGGUGGGGGGUCCCGAGGCUGUGGGGUUUGGAGGCUCUGGGGCCCCACGAGUCCACAAUACCCCGUGCGCUUUUGGAGCUGGGGCGCGCGAAGGGCGCACGCCGCGGAGCUGCCUUGGCGAUGGGGCGCGCGGGGAGUGCAGACCGCCUUCCCGUUGGAUACUAAUGUGCCCCGGGAUGUCUUGCUUUUCCAGCACGAUCGAGGCCGUUUUUUCCGUAUUCUUGGGCUGUUCUGCGCCGGCCAGUUCGUGUUCUGGGCGUAUCUGGCACACUUCGCUUUCUACGGCUUGCAGGACGUUAGGGGGAGCCGGCCGGAGCCGGAUCCCCAGCAUGGGAAGCGCCCUCUGCCAACUCUACCGGGAGGAGCCACGAUACAGUUGAGCUCCAACAAGUGGCGCUUCGGUUUCACUGCUUCUUGCCUGACCGUGGGUUCUCUGAUCUUGGCGGCAGGUUUUGUCUUUUCCCGACGCUCUGUGAGCCGGAUCUUGCUACACCGAGGUGGCCAGGAGGUGACCUUUACCACCUAUUACCCCUUGGGCUUGACCUCAUCCUUCACGGUCCCUCUUCGCCAUGUUUCCUGCAUGUCCCAUCGUUCAGAGGUGCCAGCGAUGAUGCCACUCAAGGUUAAGGGGAGAGCCUUCUAUUUCCUGUUGGACAAACAGGGACGGAUCACCAACACAAAUCUUUUUGACAUCACUGUUGGCGCCUAUCGAAAGCUGUGAAGCACUGCGCUGCUAGAGGGAAAAGGCUCAGGAGAGGGCCCGUCCUGCAUCCUGGGCUGUUGUGCAGACGGAGGAAGAUGGACUGGCCAUAUCCGGCAGACAGAUCCCAGGCCUAGAAGCAGCUAUUAAAUGGCUUCUUAGCCCUUCUGUGCUUUGAAAAAGGCAAUUGAUGCAUGAUGUAUUGGGGUAAAUGGAAACUCAACUGGAGAGAGAGAGAGAGGGAACGAGAGAGCGAGAAAGAGAGACUGAGAUUGCACAGAGUUGCCUUGGAUCCUGAGUUGAUUAGCUUGUUUGUUAAAAAUCUAGAAAUCACCAA